AUGGCACAGACAAACGGCGGCUCCACGAGCUCUCGAGGCAGCCCUGACUGGACUGUUCCGCUCUGGCGCAAUGGCGAACAAGUCCACACAGUCAAGACGCAAGACAUCGUUUCCCCCCUGACCUACGAAAAGCUAUACAAAUCCUCAGCGGCGUCGUCAGAAGAUGCAUUGGCAGCCGUUGCCGCUGCUGAAGCAGCCUUCCCCGCCUGGAGUCAGACGAAGCCCAGCUUCCGACGGGAUCUAUUGCUCAAAGCGGCUGACGAAUUGGUGAAGAGGAAGGAUGAUCUCUGGCAUUUCUGCUCCACCGAGACGGGAAGUACGGAGCCUUACUUUGACUUUGAUUUCAAUGAUGCUCUGGAAAGCUUGAAGAGCUGCGCCGGGUUGAUCUCGAAUGUUCAGACGGGCUCUGUUCCAACUAUCCUCGCUGAAGAUAGGAGCGCGAUGGUCGUGAGAGAGCCAUACGGCGUGGUCGUCAGUAUUGCUCCGUGGAAUGCGCCCUGCAUCUUGGGAUUGCGAUCCUUCCUCGGACCGCUUGCAAUGGGAAAUACAGUAGUGGUCAAAGGUCCGGAACGCGCACCCGGUUGCUACUUCACUCUGGUCGACAUCUUCCACAAGGCUGGCCUACCUCCUGGCUGUCUGAACACAAUCAUCCACAGCCCACAAGACGGCGGCGAGAUCACGCAGACGCUAAUUGCCGCGCCGGCCGUGAAAAAAAUCAACUUCACCGGCAGCACCGCAAUCGGAUCCAAUAUCGCUGCUCUUGCCGGUAAGAAUCUCAAGCCUGUUCUGAUGGAGUUGGGAGGCAAGGCGCCAGCGAUCGUGUGCGAAGAUGCCGAUCUUUCCGUUGCGGCGCUGCAGUGCACCCUUGGAGCAUUCCUGUAUUCCGGACAGAUUUGCAUGGCUACUGAACGUAUCCUCGUCAAUGCGAAGAUCGCGGACAAGUUCCGCGAGGUACUUUCCGGUACCAUCGAUGCUGUCUUCCCGGAUAAGAAUGGACUUGUCCUGAUCGACAAGACUCCCGUCUCGAAGAAUGCUGCGUUGCUACAGGACGCGGUUGGCAAAGGCGCAAAGGCACUCUACGGAGACAUCGGCGACAAGCGUGACUUGGCCACCGCCAUGCGACCUGUCGUCAUCGAGGGUGUCCAAAAAGGCAUGGACCUGUACUACACCGAGUCCUUUGGUCCAACGGUCAGCCUGUUCGUGGUGGAAAGCGACGAAGAAGCCAUCAAGAUUGCAAACGACACCGACUAUGGCCUUGCCUCAGCGGUCUUUACGGAGAACCUGCAGCGCGGCUUCAAGAUUGCGAAACAGAUUGAGACGGGUGCGGUGCACAUCAAUUCAAUGAGUGUGCAUGAUGAGAGUGCGCUGCCGCAUGGUGGAGCGAAGAAGAGUGGCUUUGGCCGUUUCAAUGGCGAGGAGGGAUUGAAAGAAUGGGUGAGGCUCAAGACGAUUACGUGGAAGAACUGA